AUGACCAAUAUAAUAGCUGCGCGAACGGGAUUAACCAGUGUUUCAUUCAUGCUAUUCUUUUGGUGUGCUAUAUUUUAUCACUAUCUGGUAUCAGCAGGACGAGUGGAAAUUGAUUGGAUAAAUGGACGAUUUCAGGCAAGUGGCUGGUUAGUCCGAUGCUCUCGGCAUACCCAUCGAAUAUUACUAGUAUUAUCGUUGGCAGUAUCCGCAUCAGCGGUAAUUCAUACAUGCACUUUGCAUGUACUCUUUGAUUUUGAGAGACGUACAUCGGAAUUUCAUAAUCCUUCCUCAUUUACAUGGUCUUUUGGUAUUUUAAAGGUUGAUUUCUUCUUCGUUCUUUUAUUUGCCAUUUAUAGUGGCGUACGAUUAAGUUUGGAGCCAACUGGACUUUUGAAGAGGUCAAGGAACACCGGUAUAGCUAUGGCAAGCUCUGCUGUUUCAUCCGUUUCAAAUUCCGAUAACAGUAAUGAAACUGUCACACUUAACUGUUCUGCAGCAACAAUUACAGCAACUGAAUCACCGUUACUUCAACUCUAUAAAUGUCCGGAAUAUAUUGACGAAUGCAAAAUUUGCCUGCAAUGUGUUGCGGAUCGUCAACUUGGUUGUAGUCAUAUGCUUUGCUCCACCUGCCUGAUGAAGAUAUUAUUAGAGUGUCACAAAAGGAAUCAAAAUGAUGUCCCAUGUCCAUUCUGUCGACAGCAAUUACGUUAUGUUCGAGAGGUUCAGUUUAGCUUACCCGAUCGGUUUAUCCCAAUCUGUCAAUAUAUCGUUUUCUCCUGA